AUGGCUCCACGACUGAGUGCCUUGAAAGCUGCCAUAAGGAAAACAGCACGUCCCCCGUCAAGAUCAUUUCUAAAACUACCUCUUGAAACGCCCAUCGAAGAGGAGACGUUACCUUAUUACGACACCCAACAAUUCUAUCCCGUGCACAUAGGAGAUGAAUUCGACGGAAGGUAUCGAGUCACCGGUAAACUUGGUUUCGGUGCCUACUCGACAAGUUGGCUAUGCCAGGAUCUGCGAAACCAAAGGUAUGCUGUUCUGAAGGUGUCUACUUCGCUACAGAAGUUCCCCACGGCGACCGACCGUGAAUUCAAGAUUUAUGAGCACCUCGGAAAGGUCAACUCGGCACACCCAGGGCAAUCACUUGUCCGAGAGCUCUACGACUCCUUCGAGCUUCAGAGCGAUGCUGGCAAACACCAGUGCCUUGUCGUUCAACCGAUGCACAUGACACUCCUUGAGAUGAUGCGAUUGAAUCCAAGGCCGUUUGACCUACCUCUUCUCAAGAUGACAUUGAGACGAUUAUUAUUGGCGCUUGAUUUUCUGCAUACCGAAGCCGACAUCAUUCACACUGAUCUUAAGACCGACAAUCUGAUGCUCAGCCUGGAGGACAAUACAAUGCUGGCCGAUUUUGUGGAUGAAGAGGCUAGGCAUCCGAUUCCUCGAAAAAUAAUAGACGAAUCGCGCACCAUCUACCUGAGUCGACAGUUUCGCAAACCCUCCAGACGGAAGGGCUUUGGCUUGCCUAUUCUUUGUGACUUUGGGGAGGCACGAAUCGGGAAGACGCAAAAGUCCGGGCCUUUUGUACAGCCGCAUAUCUAUCGGGCUCCAGAGAUCAUAUUUGAGAUGCCCUGGGGGAGUGCUGUUGACAUCUGGAAUCUGGGGGCUCUGAUCUGGGAUCUCUUCGAAGGACGGCAUCUAUUCGGGGAUAUUUUCGACGACAAUGGUAAACACGAUGCAUUUGUGCACCUAGCAUUAAUGGUCGCAUUGAUUGGGCCACCACCAGUUGAUUUUGUCCAGCGCAGUGAAACCACAGAGCAGUGCUUUGAUCACAAUGGCACUUGGAUUGCUCAUCAAGAUGCGGCUGUACCUUUGACUUCACUAGAAAGUCAAGAGAAGCGACUUUCCGGCCCUGAGAAGGAAUCUUUUCUCCGAUUUAUUAGGUCCAUGCUUAAGUGGCUGCCAGAAGAGCGCAAAACUGCGAGGGAGUUGCUGGAGGAUCCGUGGCUGCUCUGA